ACUACGACAAUGGGUCUCCAACGAGCCUAAACUAAUCGAGUCGUUAAGGAAACUAAAUAACACCGAUCACAUAGCUCUAGACGCGGUAGAAGAAAAGAAAACCUUAGGUUUAUAUUGGAAUGCCAAUAAGGAUACGUUAGGAUACUCGUUAAAGCAGGCCCCAGCAAAGCAAAAAAUUACAAAACGCACGAUUCUCGCGAGGGUCGCACAGUUAUUUGACCCGCUCGGUUUACUGGGUCCAAUAAUUGUGCAGGCAAAGUUAAUUAUGCAGGACCUAUGGAAAUGUCAGGUAGAAUGGGACGAAGACGUACCGAUCGGCAUUCGCACCGCGUGGACGACCUUCCAUUCGCAGUUACAAAAUAUACGCCAAAUUCAAAUCCCUCGACGCGUUAUUGCAGACAAUGCCAAAAACGUGCAAUUACACGGCUUCUGUGAUGCAAGUGAGCGAGCUUACGGAGCCUGUAUAUAUAUUAGAAGCACAGACGCAUCACAUCAUUAUACCUCUCAGUUGUUAUGUUCAAAAUCGCGUGUAGCUCCUUUAAAAACUCAAUCAUUGCCAAGAUUAGAAUUGUGUGCUGCGGCGUUGUUAACUAAAUUAUACAAUGUAGUGGUAAAAACACUAAAAAUCAAGUUCCAAACCAUUACAUUUUGGUCAGACUCAACUAUAGUCCUUCAUUGGAUCAAGACCGCACCACACACACUUAAACCUUUCGUUGCCAACCGCGUAAGCGAAAUUCAAAAGGAUAGUAGGUACAACCAAUGGCGCCACGUACCAUCAGAAUGCAAUGCAGCAGACGUAUUGUCACGUGGAUUAAAUCCAACUGACAUAAUAAACCACCCCACUUGGUAUCGCGGACCACAAUGGUUAUCUCAGUCAGAGGACACAUGGCCGUAUCUUGAGAUACAGCCAAUAGAAAUUCCCGAAAAACGAACGGUGAUAGUUCUAAAGAUAACAACACAAACAGAUUUAACGUUGCUCGAGAAAUACUCGUCAUUUACUACACUUAAACGCGUUAUGGCAUAUUGUUUACGAUUUAUAAACAACACACGACAACAGAAGAAACACACGGGUCAUCUCACCACUAACGAAUUGACACAAGCUACGGUAAAAAUAAUUGCACUUGUUCAGAAGAUUGCAUUCCCCCACGAGAGGCAGGAAAUACUGAAAUCAUUAACUCACACUCAGAAAAACAAAUUAGCAGCGCUUGAUCCAUUUAUUGAUGCCAAUGGAAUCAUUAGAGUCGGUGGGAGAUUAAAACAUUCAACAAUCCCACACGAAUCAAAGCAUCCAGCAAUUUUACCACACUAUCAUCACAUCACAAAUUUAAUUAUACGCGAAGUACAUAUUAAACAUGGGCAUAGCGGAAUGCAAAGCACGCUCAACGCGGUAAGACAAGCGUUUUGGCCGAUUAACGGGAGGGUCAUAGUAAAAUCGAUCAUUAAGAAAUGCGUAACGUGUCACAGAAUGAAACCUGCAAUUCCACGUUACCCUAUGGGACAACUUCCAGGUAACAGAGUCAAGUUUAUUCGACCAUUCUUAGUGGCUGGUGUCGAUUAUUGCGGGCCACUAUACAUCAAAGAAAAGAAACACCGGAAUACGAAAAAAAUUAAAACGUACGUGGCAAUUUUCGUUUGCUUUAGCACAAAGGCAGUUCAUAUAGAGCUCGUAAGCGACCUAACAUCGGAAGCUUUUCUUGCAGCCUUAAAAAGAUUCUUUGCACGACGGGGAAAAUGUACAGAUAUAUAUAGCGACAACGCAACUACAUUCACCGGAGCGGAUCGUGAAUUAAAGGCAAUUCACAAAACCUUGACCGUCGACACGAAUAAUAAUGUACAUAAAUAUUUAGUAAAUAAUGGCAUUAACUGGCAUUUUAUUCCUCCUCGGGCUCCUCAUUUCGGCGGGUUGUGGGAAGCUGCAGUAAAAUCAUGUAAACGCCAUCUCUUUCGCAUCAUGGGCAACAACUUAUUUACGUUUGAGGAACUAUCAACCUGUCUAAUCGAAAUAGAAGCCAUAUUAAAUUCAAGACCUUUAACUCCACUAUCUUCCGACCCAAAUGAUUUAACUCCUUUAACACCUGGCCACUUCCUAAUCGGUGACUCAAUAACAAGCACCCCGGUGUGCGACCUUACUAGUUUGAAGGCAGGACGAUUAUCGUCCUGGCAACAGGUACAACAAAUCCGACAACACUUUUGGAAACGAUGGUACAAGGAGUACCUCAAUGAACUCACCGUUCGGAAAAAAUGGCAUCAUGCAACCACCCGCAUCAUCAAGGAAGGCAUGUUGGUGAUGCUAAAGGACGACAACGCACCACCCCUCCAUUGGCCCAUGGGACGUAUCAUAUCCAUCCAUCCAGGAGAAGAUGGGAUCAUUCGUGUAGUUACAGUAAAAACUAUUCAUGGAGAAUAUAAGCGUAGCAUAAAAGGCAUCGCGCCAUUGCCGAUAGAUUAUCCGGAGACAUUAGAAUCUUAGAAACUAUGAUAUUAAAUUUAGAGAUAAGGCAACUAGUAUAAUAAGACACUUAAAACACACGACAAACACAUACCACACAUCGUUUUUUAUCUCGCCAAUCACAUAUCUGAUUAUUGAACUAAAUAGUUCAAGGGGGGCGGCAUGUUGAGCCCCAACACAGGUAGCUCCAGAAGGUCGUAGCAGCCGAGCAUUUUUAGGCUCGGCAAUUACCACUCUUCGCGACCAGUAUUGCCCCAUAAAAACUUGACCUUUCCAACAGCUGCACAUCACGUACCCAUCACCGCAAUAAACCCAUUACCUGCUAGCCCUAACCGAACAACAUUUCCCAAAAUAUUUAAACAUUCAAGCUCCGCCUCAAGACCAUUUUCAGAUCCACCCUCACAACACAACCGACCAAUCCUAAUUCUUACAAUCCACCUUUCCCCAAAAUAUCAGCAGCCAAUCCCAACCUUAACCUCCUCGACAACGACGCUAACACACAUCCAUCAGACCAGAACUCAGACAGAACUCAGACAGAACUCAGACAGAACUCAGACAGAACUCACCGAGAAACAGCAAAUACCACUCACUACACUCUACGAUUGUAUAUAUAUUGUUUUAUAGUAAACAUUAAAACAUUGUUACAAAAGGUGUGUUAACCUCAGUCUAAAAUCUUAUCACAUCACGACUCUUCGUGCAUUAAGUUGAACGAGGAAUAGCGAACGCAAACGAUCCGUUGAACCACGGACAGAUCGUCAUCCUGCGUCGCAACAGCACCACUAUGUGGAUCGAUGAACUUCAUCUUGUGGUUCACGAUUAAAUGUGUAUAUCCUUCCUCACUGAGGCAAUUAUAAGCUUUCCAUCGAUCUGACAUAAUUGUUGAACCUGGUUCAAUUCUUUUUUUAAUUACCCGACGUAAAGUCUCAGACGAUCUAUUCGGAACUGGUCUAAUAAAUAAAGGUUUCGUCGUUCGUUCGAAGCCACCAAAAAUCUACUGUCCACUAAGAAGACUUUCUUUAUUAUAUUUACGUUUUCCGAUUUUUGCCUCGUCAAUUUCAACUAUUAUUCAACAUUUUUACCUCCGACUUGGACUCAGGUUUUUUCCAUCCAUAAAACGCAUAACUCUCGGCAAAGACUUGCCCAGUCGACAACUGUUUUUGAUGAUAGAUCAAGUUCAUUUUCAAGAAAAACUUGUCGCGGCGGUCUAAACAUCAGAUGGUAUCCAAUAAAACGGCAGACAUUUUAAACAGGAAGGUGCGAUUGUUCGAACCAAGAAUUUUUGUAUGCACUAAUCUUUAAAUUGUAUUGUAUUUUAAGACGUUUUUUAUUUCGGUUUUUAAUAUAAGAUGUUGAAUGACAUGAAAACAUUAAGUUUUCUCGGUCAAAUUUCAUUUUUUUCCCACACUUAAUGCAAUUGGUAGCAUCGUGGAGCACUUUCCGUGUAAUUAAGAAAUCGACUAAUUUGUUAUAAUCAUUGCAUGUGUUCAAAAAUUCAUAUAACUUCAUUUUAAGUACUUGUAAUAAGGCACUCAAUAAUCACUGAUGCCAAGAUAAUAAUCCAAACACGACUGUAAACGCCGAACAGGUCCGUGAAAUACCGUAUCUGUAACUGCUUGCAAACAUAGUGUCACGUAAAACUUUAAUCAUAAUAUUUACACCAUAUUAACUUUGUACAAACCAGAUUUCGAUAUUAACACAUUGAAUUCCGUCUAUGCAUAGAUGUGACAGUUUAGGUUAGACUAUGAUUACAAGGAAUUUCGUAUGCGUUUAAAUUGUCAUGUAGGUACGUGUGUGGUAUACGUUUUCUGGAUCGCGGAUAUUAAUCGCGGAGGUCGAAAAGCUAUAGAUAUAACGAGUGACCUUUUUUAACACGGUAUUGAUGGUUUAUAUUUCUUCAAUCUCUAGAUACAUAAUACCAUAUUCGGCCGACACCCAACGACUCACGGUUCAAAGACAAUCGAUGACUCAUUUUUUUUUAUCUGAAAAAAUACAAAAACCCAAAUACUGCAACACAUAAAAACAGACAGUGUUGAUAUAGGCAUUUUGGGGGCAUAGCUCCCAAACUGCAUCCUUAAAAAUAACAUCCCUCACACAUGGAAGUUACUGGGUGCGUUAACAGUCUCGCUGGAAAAUUGUUUUCCAUUUAACGAUCCGUUUACUAGGAAUGUUCCGAAAAGUCAACCGUUUUAUUUUUUGCGCCGCAGGACUCACAGGAAGAAGUUCCAUAUUCUUGUUUUUUGUUGCAGGAAAAAAAAAUGUCUGAAACUGUGGCUUUAAACCGACAG